AUGGUGGAUCUUCUGUCGGGGCGUCCAAGGGACGCCGACGCAAAGCCAACACCCUCUGUCCAGUCACUUUCAAGUGGUCACUUAUCUGGCAGUGAAGAGGGCAAGACCGUGAUUGAAUUAAAGCCAUUGGCUGAUGUGGAAAGUGGUCAAAAGAGAAAGAGCAUCUUCUCACGGCCGUGGACUCGACGAGACCUCACAAUACUCGGUACCCUGGGUAUAUUGGCACUGGUACUGAUUGCACUGAGCAUUACACUACCAAUCGUUUUUGUCCACCAUGAGAAUGACGGAGAUUCUUGGACGCCUUACAGAUCCAAGCAUGACAGUCCCAGCUACAAGAUCGAAGAGAACAAGCCCCUCUGGGCCCUCCACGACUUCCCGGACCCUGGUCUUCUGGAGUACAAUGGUACCUGGUACGCCUUUGGAACCAACCCGCACAGAAAUGACCCGAUGUCAAUUCAUAUUCCCGUCGCAACAUCGGCCAAUUUCGUGAACUGGACGCUGCACGAUGGGUGGGAUGCGAUGCCGACCAUUGGUGACUGGGAACGAAAAGUCAAUCACUGGGCUCCGGAUGUAAUUCAACGGGAUGAUGGAAAGUUCGUCAUGUACUACGCCGGAGAGACCAAGGACUUUGGCACUCACCACUGCAUUGGAGCUGCUGUUUCUGAGGGCGAAGAUCCUCUCGGACCCUAUGUGCCUCUCAACAAAUCAAUUGCCUGCCCACACAAAUACGGUGGUGCCAUUGAUCCAUCGCCCUUUCGAGACUCGGACGGCACCCUGUACGUCGUCUACAAAGGUGACGGAAACAGCGUCGGCAGUGGUGGCUACUGCGGCAACACCAGAUUACCGCGACACUCUGUCCCGAUUAUGCUCCAAGAGCUGAAAAGUGACGGCAUCACCCCGGUCGGCAAACCGACAAUUAUUCUCGACAUUGACAAGACAGACGGUCCCCUGGUCGAAGCCCCAGAUAUCAUCCGUACCGACAACGGCACAUACUACCUAUUCUUCUCAUCUCACUGCUUUACGUCUCUGGGCUAUAACGUGAAAUACGCCCAUGCAACCUCGCUCAAGGGACCAUACACUCGUGCCCCUCGACCGCUCCUGCAAACAGGUGACUUCCAAUUGGAAGCACCCGGUGGCGCGACUAUUUCCACCGAUGGAAAGAGAAUGGUUUUCCAUGCAAACUGCGAAGGCUGGCGGUGUAUGUAUGCCUCGGCUAUCGACAUUCAACCUGGCAACAACACGAUCGUGAUGGCUUCUCUCGAACUUCAAGUUCUUGGAAACUCGACCACCCACACCGUCACCUCUAUCACCAACUCCACAACAAGCUCCUAG